AUGAAUGCGUUUGUCUUCUGCAUUAUUCUGAUCUUCUUCAUAAGAAAACACAAUGACAGUAUGGCGUCGGUCUUCCUGCUUGUAUUUCACAGGAAUAGUCACCGCCUUUUCACCGGAUUUAUAGUGAAGCCUCAGGAAGCACGGUUGCCAUCAAGCCAUGACAUGACAUGCUUACAACCUAAACGACAAACCCUGUGCCUCACUGUUAAAGGUAUAUCAGAAAUAACAGCAUCAGUGAAUCCUGCACCUAGUUCUGAUCCAGAUGUUGUAGUCUCAUGUUCAGCCACUGGUAAACCGGCUCCAACUAUCUUCUGGAAAUCUGCAGAGAAAGAGUUGAACAACUUUAGGUCAAGUAAUUUCACAACUCUCAACAAAGACAGUUCAACCACCAUUACGAGCAACCUCACGCUUCCACUGUCACAAUUUCAUGGGAAGUACGUGGAAUGUGUUGCUCAGAGUGACGGCAUAGAGAAGAGCGUCCAAAUCUUUGUGCCUGAUGAAGAUAACACAGAGAAUAAAGUCACAAUAAGAAAUUAUAUCAUUCCGAUGCUGGUCUUGAUUAUCAUCAGUAUUGUCAUUAUCGUCACCUAUCUUCACACCAAGUUAAAUGAUAAAGAAGAUCAAAAAUCUGCUUGUUUGGCUUGAACUACUGUGCAACUGUUACUUUAUUCAGAAUUUAUCAAUCUUUCUGAUGCUACUUUUGUCAUCUGCUAAAAAAAAGUCAUUUCAUGUUUACAUUUGUGAAUAAGCUAAUUUUUAGAUAAUAGUAUAAAUAAUAUCUGGUUACCUGAGAUAGUCUGCAUUUCUCCACAGUUUUUACAUCCCGCGUCUGCACUUUAAGUUCUUUCAACCUGACAUUCGGUGUUAUUUAUUGUUGUGAGAUUUGUCUAUAGGAUUUUAAAUAAAUCUGUUACAGCUGUCUGUCUUAGAGUAAUAUGCUCAAUUUAAUUUUAAGCAGUAAAUCAUUUUGUAUUUAUUAUGUUCAUGCUACCAA